AUGGGUCUCGAAGACGGCAAGGACUACGAAGCGGUUGCCACACCCGUCGACAAGGGCCUCGAUGAUGAACCCGCCGUCGACAAGCCUCUUGAAGGCUGCUCGAUCGCGUUCAUGAUCCUCCUCUGUGCGCCCAAGAUGGCCAUGAACAUGGCCUGGGCUGCGCAGUGGGCCGCCCUCGGCCCCGUGCUCCAGAUCCUCCUCACGUCGUCGUGGGUUCAGGUCGUCCAGCUCGUCGGCCCCACGUCUGGUCUCCUCGUGGCGCCGACGAUCGGCGUCCUCUCGGAUGCGUGCACGUCCAAGUACGGUCGCCGCCGCCCGUACCUCUUCUGGGGCGCGAUCACAAGCGCGCUCUGCUGGCUCGUCAUGAUGCACGCCGUCGACAUUGGCGAGGCGCUUGGCGACACCAACACGACCAUGAUCAACAAGUACGUCGCCGACAAGACCGAGACGCUCAUCGACCGCAAGUGGACCACGGUCUUUACCGUCCUCUGCUACGUUUGGAUGGACAUUACGUGCAACAUCACCCAGGUCCCCGCGGGUCUCAUCAUCGCCGACUUUGCCGGCGAUCGCCAAGUCACGGCCGCCUCGAUCGGCGGCGCCUACUCGAUCGCGGGCUCGUUUGCGGUCUCGGGCUACAUCCUCUUUUUCGGCGCUGCCCACGAGUCGAUCAAGUCGUUCAUGACGAUGCUCAUCGUGAUCAUGCUCGUGACGACGAUGGCGGUCGUUAUCUUUGUCAAGGAGACGCCGUACGUGCCGCCCGUCCAGCGCGCCAAGGGCGCCGAGAUCAAGGCGGCGUUCGUGGCGGUCUGGACCGGUAUCAAGAUCCUACCCAAGACGCUGGCCUACUAUGCGGUCUGCUUCGUGCUCAUCCAGUACGGCUUUACGGCCUACAACGGCGCGAAAGGCCAGUUCUUCGGCCUUGUCGUCAAGGGCGGGUCGGCCGAAGGCGCCGACAAGUGCGGCUCCAACUGCACGGAAGCGCAAACGAACUUCAACGACGGCGUCCAGCUCGCGAGUGGCACGACCGACACGAUCUACAACUGCGUCUCGCUGCUCUUCCUCGCGGUGCUCCCGUACCUCGUGCGCAAGUUUGGCGCCAAGGCCGUCAUCACGGGGACAACGAUUCCGCAGAUUCUGCUCAUCGUCAUGGCGUUCUGCAAGAUCAUUCCCGUGGACAUGAUCAUUGUCAUUGCGUGCUGCAUGACGCAGAACACGAUCUUCUCGCUCCAGAUCCCGACGAUCAUGCACGUGGUCGGCCACGGCACCGAGAACAACCUCGGAUUGUUUGCUGGCGCGUUCAACUCGGCCAACUGCCUCGGCCAGUUCCUCAACUUUGCCUUUGCGAGUGUCCUCGUCAAGACCGACAUGGGCUACGCGCUUCCGGUGCUUGUCGGCGGUGUCUUGAGUGCACUCGCGUUCCUCGUCGCCUUCUUCAAGCUCGACCUCAAGAUGAACACGAUGUAAUCGCCAUCUAUCUUUUUUAUAUCCCUCAAAUGUUGUGGUCGUU